GCCCCUGCAAAACGGGCUGUUUAGACUUGUCAGGAAAGCCGGAGAGAAAGAAAAAAAAAAAACGAAUAAUAAAACGGGAAAGCAAGCCACAUUCCUCCAGGAUCAGUCAGACAUCACACACCUCCACGAGUCGGGGAUACAAAAAGUGCGCCUGCAGGAGAACGAGCGAACCGCUAGAGGAAUACGCGUCUGGGACAGAGAGAGACGGACUUCAGGAGAGCAAGCGACACCCAGGAGAACAUGGAAUGGACAUUUUAAACACCAAAAAGAGUAAAAAUUCUUCCAGAAGCCAGGAAGGACAAACAAAAGUUCUCACUGAAACAGUCACCACCACUACCAGACUAACAACACUACCACCUAAGGGCUCUAGCAGCAGUAUAAGCGGCGGCCAGAGAGGUUCAACAUCCAACAGCGCGGGGCUGGGAAUGGAAAAGAAAGUCCUGUCACAGGGCACCAGCAGCUAUGUGUCAUCAACAACUGGGGGGGGCAACUCGAAAGUGAAUUUCAGCUCAACAGGCUCACGAAGGGGCCAAGGCUCCAGCUCCUCCUUGACAUACUCCCCGAUCUCCACUCUGGAGAGGAAGGUCAUCAUUAGUCGCAAUGGUGGAUAUGAAGGAAGUUCAAGUGGAAAUUCAUCCCCAGAAUACACCAGAAAAGAAUUUGUCACAACCUCAUCAACUUCAGCCACAAGAGGGAGAAGUCAGAGCAGAGAAAGUGAAAUCAGAGCUCGGCUGCAGAGCGCUUCACCCUCUACAAGAUGGACAGAGCUAGACGAUGUCAAAAGACUUCUGAAGGGAGGUCGUUCAGCCAGUGUGAGCCCAACAAGAUCCCCCUCAAACACACUUCCCAUUCCCAAAAAAGCCAGUGUGGAAACCAAGACGGUGGUGGAGAGCUCACACUCAGUUUCAGCCUUCAAUGAGCCACCCAGCAUGGGACGAGAUUACACCUCCUACAUGUACUCAACCCUUCCUGCAGGCUCGUCAAUGGUCAACGGAUACAGCUAUUUCAACAACACAACUAAUCUGUCACCCAGCUCCUCUCUGCUCAACACCACCUCCCCUUCCUCCUUGUCAGUUCACGGUCUGCCUAACAAUCUGACCUUGAAUUCAGCGCCAAUGACCAGCACCCUCAGCACCAGCUCCACCGUGUAUGGAGUACAGAAUAACCUGGGAACAAAUUCCACCAGCGUCAACUCAAAUGUCCCUCAAAGCCCCACAGGCUACGGAGUUCAGAAAAACAUGGCUUACAUGUCACAGUCCCCUACCUUGGCCAGCACUGGAGUAUCCACCACCACUGUCACCCAAACCAGGGAUCUUAAUGAUGACGUCUUCCGAAAAGACUACAAGUUUGUGCUGCUGGAAAAAGAGAAUGCACCGGCCAAGAAAGACACUGAGCUGCUAAUCAUGGCCAAGGACAGUGGCAAACUCUUCACGACCGCCACCACCAAUGGCGUUGGCAGCUCCUUUUCUGACGACUCUUUGAAGAAGGAAAAGAUGAUUGUGUCAAGCUCCACGGACGCCGCAGUGAAAAGUGAUGCCAAUGCUAGCUUUGGCUCCUACAAAGUCUCCACCAAAGACAAAGCAACAUAUGCAGAAAUUCGAAAAGAUGAUGACUAUGGUGGCGGCGGCGGCGGAGGGGGAGGAGGAGGUUGCUGUGGCCGCUGUAGCUGGUGGAAGUGGCUUUUGGGAUUGCUUCUAGGACUGCUCCUGCUCCUUGGGUUACUAUUUGGUUUAAUUGCUCUAGCUGAAGAAGUCAAUAAAUUGAAGAAUCGUGUGGCAAAGCUUGAAAGUGACACUGUGCGCACCAGCCGUUUGGUUUCUACGGAUUUGAACGGCCAAAAUUCUAUCUUAGGCAGAUCUGGAUCAGGUGUCAACUUGGGUGCUGCAGUCGGGGAAAGUGACAGUGACCUUCGGUUGCUUGUGAAAGAAACUUUGAAAGCUGAACUUCAGUCAGACAGCAUAAAAGCCUACGUCAAAGGUGAAAAAGGUGAUCCGGGACCUAAAGGUAAGCAGUUAUACAAAUACUGGUCUGGUGCAGUUCUAUGUGAUACUGGCUCACAGGGCACUAAAGGUGACAUCGGGAAUGUGGGACCACCAGGUCUUCCAGGAAUACCAGGUCAUGCUGGACCAGAAGGGCCUAAAGGGCAAAAAGGCAGCCAAGGGGACCAUGGACCCGAGGGCCAGAUGGGACUUAGGGGACGAGACGGCCAGCCUGGACCUCGUGGUGAACCAGGCCCUCCUGGCUUCGGUGAAAAGGGAGAAAAAGGCAGCCCAGGAGAUUCCGGACCACCAGGUGUUCCUGGAUUGCCUGGUCAAAUGGGAAUUAAAGGUGCAAUGGGCUUGCAAGGUCCUCCAGGUCCUAUUGGUUCUCCUGGUCCACAAGGUUUCAGAGGUGAAGCAGGGCAACCUGGUCCUAAAGGUGAUAAAGGAAUUGUUGGCUCAGCUGGACCAAAGGGUGACCAGGGUGAGAAGGGUCCACGUGGACCUCCAGGUGAACCCGGCCUUCGUGGACUCCCAGGACCUGCAGGAGAGGCUGGAGCUAAAGGAUCUGCAGGUCCUCCAGGUGCUGAUGGGCUGAAAGGUUCAAGAGGUGAGCCAGGACCAAUGGGCUUAACAGGAAUCAGAGGGCCAUCUGGUCCACCAGGAGAUGCUGGUCAGCCAGGGCUUCCAGGACUACAGGGUCCACCAGGUCUCCCAGGCAAUCCAGGUGCACCCGGCUCUAAAGGCGACCAAGGAGACCCAGGCAGAAUCAUCAAUGCAGAAGGAUCAAAGUCUGUGGCUUUCCCCGGACCACCUGGUCCACCUGGCCCUGCUGGCCCACCAGGACCCACUGGACUUCCAGGUCCAAUUGGCCCAGCUGGAGUUCCUGGUCAGCCAGGUGCCAAGGGUGCACGUGGAGAGAGGGGUGCGCAAGGCGAGGCUGCUAUCACAUCCCAGUCUUCAUCAGGCUCCUAUUCAGAAAAAUUGUCCAAAACAGAAACAUUUUCACAAAUCCCUGGCCCACCAGGACCCCCUGGACCACCAGGUCCAGCCAUUCCAGGCCCACCCGGCCCAAGAGGGGAUCCAGGUAUUGGCCAGCCUGGUCCACCAGGUCCAAAGGGAGAACCAGGGACCUUCAUUCCAAAUUCAGGAUCAUACUUUUCUGGACCACCAGGACCACCAGGAUCUAAAGGAUCUCAGGGUGAUCAAGGACCAAGGGGAUACCCAGGUGACCCAGGCCAGCCAGGCCUACCUGGAAGUCCAGGAAACCUUGGGGAGCCAGGUCCACUUGGGCCUCCUGGAGCUCCCGGACCAAUUGGCCCUCAGGGACCAGAAGGACCAAAGGGAGACAGAGGAGAUGCUGGUGUUCCAGGGGCUCCAGGUAUUCCAGGCUCAACAGUGUCACGAGGUGGAACCUCAAGAGUCUAUCAAGGACCACCCGGACCACCAGGACCUCCUGGACCUCCAGGACCUUCUGGGGCAGGUGGUGAUGCAGUCCAGUCUUUGCCUGACAUUCGCCAGUACAUUUCUGACUAUCUUCAAAGCGAUGGUGUCCGGAGCUAUAUGAUUGGACCACAAGGACCACCAGGCCUUCCAGGGCCUCCCGGACCACCAGGACUUGGUGGACCCGCCGUACAGUCAUUGGAUGAAGUGGCGAAUCGUGUGAUCACCUAUGUGCAAAAUGCUGGCUUUGUUGCAGGCCCACCAGGUCCUCCUGGUCCACCUGGGGCCCCUGGAUUUGCUUCAAUGGAAGACAUUUUAGCCAUGCUACAGAGGGAGGAAGUGAGACAAUACCUUAUGGGCUCAUCUGGACAUUCAGGAGCGAGUUGGUCUAGUGCAACUGAAAUGCACGACUUGGCCACUCGUGUCAUCGACAUCAUGAGCACCAGGGGUCUGAGAAUUGGCCUACCAGGACCUCCAGGGCCCCCUGGACCUCCAGGAUUUCCAGGGUCGACUUAUGGAGAUAUAUCAGCACUGCUACAAAACUCAGAAUUUCGAGGAAUUGUUGGUCCCCCUGGUCCUCAGGGACCACAAGGAAGACAGGGUCCACCUGGGCCCCCAGGUCCAUCUGGAUUUGUCACAUAUAGUGGUACAAGUGGCCAAAGUCGUACAAGUGAAACAAGUGAUUCAAGCUACAGGGUAGAAGACAUCAGAAGCUACCUGCAGAAUGUUGGUUACAGUGGUCCUCCUGGUCCCCCUGGCCCACCAGGUCCCCCUGGCAUACCUGGAUUAUCUGGAGGCCUAGUCUCAUAUGCAGAGAAUACACAGAGGGAUCGCUUCCAUACUGAACUUAUUGAGUACCUUACCAGUGACAACGUGAGAAGAUACAUCUCGGGGCCACCAGGUCCUCCAGGACCCCGUGGCCAUAAGGGUGAGCGUGGUGAAUCUGGCUACAUACUGGAUGGCAGGCAAAGUGGACAGUUGGACUACGCCAGCCUAGCAAGUCAGCUGAAAGACUACAUGAAGAGCCAAGGUCUGAUAAGUGAGUUUUCUCACAGUGUCUCUGAAAGAAUCAUCCAGCAAGGACCCGCUGGUCCUCCCGGCCCUCCAGGUCCUCCAGGGUACAGCCGAGUUAUCGGAGCAUAUGGCAAUGUGACUACAGACCUUAUGGAAUUCUUCAGAACUUAUGGAACUAUUCAAGGACCACCUGGGCUAAAAGGAGACCGAGGUUACCCAGGACUCAAAGGGGAUAGGGGUGAUGUGGGACGCCCAGGUCCACCAGGAAUACAAGGUCUGAAAGGAGAGAAAGGAGAACAAGUAUUUGUUGGUCGGAGGAAGAGAAGAAGCACUGGAGUCUAAGCCGGCAUUUACAGAUCUCAGCAAAUGCCUCAUUAAUUUAUGUAAACUUUCAUAAUGUACUUGAACUAUAAGGCUGUAAGAGAAGAAAGACGGUGGUGAGAGUGUUGUAUUUAUACUCCGUUGUUUAUUUUUUUCAUCCUAACUGGCUAAGGGCAAGAUAUGUAACUGCACCGUUUUCCUUCUAACAAUCACAUUUCAAUUUAUAGUAAAAUUCACUUUAGAAUCAACAGUGUGAUAAAUGGAAGAUAUUUAUAAUUUACUUUUAAUAAUGCAAAAAUACUUCUCCAUACAAGUUUUAAAUUCUCACGUUACCAUACACCUCUCUGUGGACAUCUCUGCAGAGAAAGCACAACACAGAGAUUCUGCCUUUCUUAAAAUUAAAAUCGUACAGCAGAGUGUGCACAAGUGGAAUAAUAAAAUAGAAGACAAAACUAGACAUCUUCAGCAACUCCCACUCAGUCCAUUUCACUGUUAAUACACACAUAUAGGUGUACCAUCCCAUUUUUGAAAAAUAUUAAACUCUCAUACUGCAUGCUUUUUUGCUCAUUUUCCUUAGCAUCAACAAUUGCAUAACGUUUGUAAAAGAAAUACCUGUUGUUUUCUUUGGUGGCUUGCAUUUAAAUAUGUUUGAAAACUUUAAACAUUCUGUUGGACUAUAUGUUGUUGACGAAGUGAUACUGAUUUUUUUUUUUGUGAAAAAUAAUUUUUAAAGUGCAAUUUUAAAAAAUUUCUAUCCAAACAACUCCUGUCUUUAAAUUGACAUAUGUGUGCCUACAAACUUAAUAGAAUCAAUUUAAUUCCUGUUAAAAAUGAAUUCUGGCAAGUUGGUAUAACAAUGAAUUUAAGAAGGCUGUGUUAUUUUUACUGAUCAUUGUUUUACUUGCAUUUCAUACUAUAAAGAGCAUACACAAACAUUUUAUUUAACUUGGAGAUGUCAACUGCAUGUACAUCAAAAUGAAAAAGAAAAGAAAUUCACCACCCAGUUUGGCAAUAAAAACGCGGUCAGCCAUUCUGCAGUAGGCACUUCUACCAAUGCUAUGAGAUUUGAGAGUGUUUCAUUUGUUCACAGUAAAGCAGAUGGAAAUGCAAUAUUUUUUUAAAGUAUUUGUAAUAAAAGUGUACCAAAAAUAUAAAA